UCAGUCAGUCUGGCAGAGUUCUUGGAGCAGUGCUGUGUGGUGCAAGAGAGAGAGAGAGCGAGAGAGUUGCCUCUGGCUUGCCUUUCGACAGCAGCGUUGGUCGCGGUCACGUUAUUGUUGAGUUGGGAAGAAUUUCCUGGACCCAUAUUAAAAUCCUGAAUAUUUCAAACAUCAAAUUUGUUCAGCAGCUCUCAUGGAUUUGAGCGGAAUAUAAUAUUGUCCCGAUAAAAUAAGGAAACAACAAUCAUUAUUAAAAAGUUUAUGAAAAUUGGGGAAGCAUUCGUGCUCCUUUUCAUCCACUUUCCUUACGGAACCUUUUACAAUUGUUCUGCUGUGCCAUAUUAAAAAUUAAAAAGGGAAUUUCCGGCAGAACAAUAAACCCGGAAAUAUAAAUAUCGGGAGGGAAAUUACAAUUGGGUUCGGAUUUUUGGAGGGGAAGGUCUCUCCAUGAGUAAAAGAAGGAAAGGGUCGUUAAACGCGAGACUGCUUUACUACACAGCAAGAACCUACUUUAUAGGAAACCGUUUGGGUUGCUUGGUGCCUGGACGACUUUGAGUUGGUUCGCACGAAGAAGACAUGGGAAGAAGACGACCAGAAUAAUACCACCUGAAUACUGAAUGGUUUGUGCUCGUGGUGGUACUGCCACCAAAACCCUCCAUCCGACCGAAUAGUGAACAACGUACUGGCUGGAGCCGUGAAACAGUUUUGCUAAAACCCGAGUGUUGUAUCAUGAAAGGCUCAGUUCCCUGGUUCCAAGCCACCCUUAUGGAUCUCUCGCAGCACAACUUGUCAAAGUUGCUUCCUACUUCCUCCUCUUCCUCCUCGUGCCCGCAUUUCGGUGAAUUUUAAUAUUUCAUUCCCACAGAAGGAGCCAAUCUUCACCCUGCUGACACACAUACAGUUCGAUAGUCGAGUUCCUUGUGCAGUCCCGCACGGCAACUUUGCAGUGUGGAAGUUGGACAAAAUGCUGGGAAAGUGAUGUAAAACCCAGCAUCUGGAUGAAACUCGGAUUCAUCCUUGGUCAUAGUGCACGAGAGGUUCUAAUAAAUCGAGGUCUCAACUUUCUCAAUCCAUCCAAUCUACUCACGUUCCGAGGUGGAUAACUAAAUACUCUGCUGUGAGAAACUAGUGUGUGAAUGAAGCUGAAAAUUUAGCAUUCACUUUUCUCUGGUGAAUGAAAUUUUGUUAAGUCGACUCGUUUUUUAGCCAGGUGACGGGCAUACAUAUACGCGUUGUAUAUGGCAUAAUAAUACAGUGGUUGGUGUGUCGCGUCAAUUGUGGAACAAUGACAAAUAAGUGAUUGAGUGAAAGUGGACAUUAGAUUUCGCACCAUGAUACAGUUAUCAAUUACUUUGAGCAGUUAGCCAAUGGUGGACAAAAACGAGAGGACAAAGAAACCGCAAAAGAAUCUCUGGCCGUGUGGGUUGCAAAUUGCUGCAUAAACCCGUCCGAGUGAGUGGCAAGUGAAAAGAAUUGGACUCGAUUGGGCAGUGUCACACCGAACAAAGAAUCUUGGCAAAGAAAGACAAAAACCAGGACUCGCUCUUUGUGGAAAUUGGGCUAAAUUAGUGACAACGCUGACAAGUCCGGAAUACAUUUGCUUUGUGUCUUCUUCACAAUACGUGGGAAUGGGAUGAAAUUAAGAACAAAUGGACACAACCACACAGACAUGUGUAUCACCGGAAAAUGCCAUCACGCUACAGGAAUUAUAGGGUCGCCUUUAAACCACAGUUGAUUGAGAUUAUAUGUACUGCUCCUAAAAUAUAAUUAGGAACACAGUAAUUGCAUGAUAGAGUAACUAACGUGGUGUGUGAUGUAUAUCUCCGCAAUUCCGCACUAAAUAACAUGAGAAAUUAACGAGAUUGAAAUUGAAUCUCCUAAUGUCAUUAAACCAUUGAUCAGUUGCUACACUUAUGUACUCACAUUUACCUAAUAAAUGUAACAGUACUACUACACACAACUGUAUUACUGGGAACUCGCAUGUUUUCUAACUAAAGGAAAUACUUCUCCCACAGCCAAUUACCGUAUCAUCAAGAACCUGUGAGAAACGAAAGCAAAACUGGAUCUACUAUGUAUAUCUAACUACAAGUUCCUGUUUCAGUAAAUUAUUGCAUCGCCAGCCAACCAGGAGAACAAUUACACGACACUGACAUUAAAUACGAAGACAUAGUAAAGGAUUGAACCGAUUUAAGAAUUUAGGAUCUCAGCCAUUAUAAUCGCUACACAUUAUUAUAUGCAUCACUUAUGCAUGGAGACGUUUUGAUUUUUUGAGCUCUACUAUCCUCCUGUCUGUUUACAGUGUUGGAAUCAAUAAUUGUUGCCAGUGCGUCUUGUGUGUGUAAGAGAGAGAGUGAAGUGUUGUAAUUCAUAACUUGCGUGCAUUUUGCAGCUUCAUUCUUAUUCACGACACGAGGAGUGAAGUGGGAGGAUAAACUUUGCAGACUGGGUCAGAAUCUCAGUGUCACCAGAGCCAACGAUGAUCCCAUCCGACCCGGCCCACCUACCAUCAUCGCAAGUGAAUUUUUAAGGGAACAACAUUAUUAGUGUGCCACAUUAUUUUCCCCUCCAAGAAAAGAAGGAAGGACAGACUCUUGCAGUGUCAGCGAGCGAGGACCUACUUGCUUUCUCCAUUUGAGUGAAGUUAACAAAUAAUAACUUUCCCUUUCAUAUCCACGCCAAUUGAAAAGUGCAUUGAUAAAAUUGGCGUCGUGCCUACAUUUUGAAAAUACUAUCAAUUUUCUGGACCUUGGAAUAUUAAAUAUAUGAUGGAGGCCUACCAAAUGUGGGGAAAGCAAGGCGGGCCAACUAAUUCGCUAUUUGGUCGAUGAAUCCAUCCACGGCCGUCGGCAAUGGUUCUCUGGAAAGGUCGACUUUUACCUCUCCUUUUCCCUCUUCGGAAAAAUGGUCGCCUACGACUAAUGCUGAAUCCAGUCCUCGUAGCGGUAGUUCUGCUCUGCAGUCUUGAAGACUGUUGUGUUUGUGACACAGGUUGCUGUGAGUCCAACUCAGAGGACACGCUGGGCUCCGUGUAUGGCAGCCUGGUCGCCGGAAAUGGUGGGGGGAGCAAUGGGGACGAUUGGGCUCCCUUCGGUAUUCCUCCAGAUGCAGAGUACAUCACCGCCAUGAUUGGAGAAAGCAUCGUUUUCAACUGCCACGUCGAAUUUCCAGACAACUAUCCAGUUCCCUACAUUGUGCAGUGGGACAAAAAGGGAGUGGAUAUUCCCAUCCACAUAUGGUACGAUGGCUAUCCAACCCACAGUGGCGAAGGGUAUGAGGGCCGAGUGGCUCGUGUGAACCCAAACAGUUCCUAUGGUCUGGCUUCGCUCAAUCUCACAACCAUCAGAGAAUCGGACCGUGGGUGGUACAAUUGCAAAGUGUACUUUCUCAACCGGAGUCCACCCCCUUCCAACAACAAGAAUGUCACGGGAAGUUGGUACCAUUUGGACGUGCAUGCGCCUCCUCGCUUCGUUCACACCUCGGAUGACACUGUGUAUACUAAAAUCGGGAAAAACAUUAUUCUUCACUGCCGAGCUGAAGGCACACCACCACCAGAAAUUGUUUGGUAUAAGGACUCCGACCCGGUCCAGCCAUCGGUUACAAUAUCGAUCGUAAACGAGGGCACUGAACUCCGAAUAUCGCAGAUUAAAAAUUCAGAUGUUUCGGAUUAUUUGUGCCUUGCACGCAACCAAGAGGGGAGGAUCCACCACACCAUUCGAGUACUUAUUGCAGGAUCUGCCGUAAUCAUUACUCCUCCGAAUAACAUGACAAAAGUGGACGGGGAGAAGGCAAUCUUUCCAUGCGAGUGGAGAGCCAAUCCGAGCAACAGUACGGUAAUUUGGUAUCGAGAUGGAAUUCCAACACGACAGAUCUCAUCUUUGGAGUCUCGCAUCGAGACGCCAUCCGAAGGAAGUCUUAUUAUCAGUCCCGUGCACAUGGACGAUUCCGGCUUUUAUGAAUGCAGAGUCUCAAAUGGGAUUGGAGAGACCCAAAGUGCCGUUGCCUACCUAAAUGUCGAGUACGCAGCUCAAGUGACGUACACCCCAACCGUGCAGUACCUGCCUCAUCGUCUCUCUGGUGUUGUAAGAUGCUACAUCCAGGCUAAUCCCCCAAUCCAGUUCGUAAUGUGGACAAGGGACAAACAUCUUUUGGAGCCGUACGAAACGGAUGGAUUUGCAGUAAUGUCCAAUGGAUCACUGCUUAUCGAUCGGGUGAAAGAGUCACAUCAAGGAAUGUACACGUGCACCCCGUACAAUGUUCACGGCACAAAAGGAUCUUCGCUUCCAAUGCAAGUUAUCGUUAAGGAGCCUCCAAAAUUUGAAAUUACGCCGGACCCACUCUAUCAGAGAAAGCUUGGUUCUUCUUUAGAAAUUCCAUGUACAGCCAUCGCCCCAAAUGGUACAACUAGCCCACUCAUUACUUGGCAAAGGAAAGAUGGUCAGCCUUUGCCAAGAGAUCGGGUACGCGUAGUGGAAGGUAGCUUAAUGCUGGACAAUCUACAUCAAACUGAUUACGGGGAAUAUGAAUGUGUGGCAUCAAAUGAAGUUGCGACCCUAUUGACCUCCACAAAAGUCAUUGUGGAAGGUACAAGACCACACGCUCCAUUUAAUAUUAGUGCCACCAGCGCAGUGUUCACUGUUACUCUUAAUUGGUUGCCCGGAUAUAGCGGUGGUCCAGACUUUAGACAAAAUUACGUAGUCUGGUACCGUCUUUUGGGUGAAAGCAAAUGGGAAACCGUUCCAGUUACUCCACCCGGAAGCACGAGAAUUACAAUCCGAAACCUUUCUCCAGGAAAGACAUACCAAUUUCAAAUCAUUGGAAAUAAUGAGCUUGGUGAAGGUCAUCCUAGUGAAAUUGUUAACGUUACUACCAAAGGUGUAGACACCAUUCUUAAUACAACUACAGAACCUCCUAAACCAGUGGUAAAUGGUCCUGUGGUACCAAAUACCAAAAGUCCAAUGACAAGUCCUAUCUCUGGCCCAAAGCCUGGAGCCCCCCACAAUUUAACGAUACUGGAAACCCCAGAAACGUUUUCAGUCGUUGUAAUGUGGGCCCCACCAGCAGAUAUGCAUGUUGCUGUAGCAUACUAUCAAAUCCAAUAUAGAUCCGGCGAUGUACCACAAUGGAAAACGCUCAAUAAAGAUAAAAUUAUUCCACCGGUAUCUUCAUAUACCGUUAAAACUCGUCGUUUUAAAGAAGGAGAAACUUAUGUGUUUCGCGUUGUUGCUUUCACAGCAACGAGUGAAGCGUCAAAUAGCGAAGAAAUUAGCCAUAAGAUUCAGCCUAAGGAUACACAACGUGCAAUUAUGGCUGGCCUUGUUGGAGGCAUCCUGUUUUUUAUAGUUGCCAUCAUUUUAGCUGUGUGUGCUGUAAAGAUAUGCAAUAGAAGAAAGCGACGGAAACAGGAGAAAGCCUACAAUAUGGUUGCCUGUCGCUUAACUGAUGCACGAAAUGGAGGCCAAAUCCCAGCACAACCCCAAGUCCCACCAAAAACGAAUGGAGUCGGCCCAGCACGCGAUGUGACUUUGUUGCUGAAGAGAGCGUACCGAUGGGUGGGCCGAGGAGUGGGCCUGUCCAUUAUUCGCACAAUUCGCCUGUUGGAUCCCCCCUACAUUUUAAGCAGAUCGACGUCCCGAGGGAUAUCGAUGUCCCGCCCCCAAUCCAUCAGCAGCAUCACACUCUCCCUGGACGACACAGGUCGCCCCCACGUCACCCAACGUCACCACUACUCGCCAUCGAUAUUGCAACAUGGACUCAAAACGUCUAGGGUAGUUCUUCCUUGGGGUAAAGGCUCAAUUAUUCUCCCAGAUGUAGUCGACGAGUCAAGUUCAGAUGACGGGGGGUUUUUAGCACCCCGUCCCCUUAGGUAUUUUCCCAGAUCCACUUCCCGAAGAUACAACCUUCUUCCGGGAAGUUUUGUUCCUUCCUCUUCCGUCAUUCGACCGGAGCUACUAAUUCCAAGACCCUUUGCAAGCUCUCCACUGCCAAGCCGGUCCAGUAGCUACUUUGGACCCACCACUACCGCUGAUCUCACCACUUUAAGUUCCGUCUCGCGGUUUCCCGUACUAGUCCAAAUCCACCAUGAUCCCACUGGAUCCCACCAGCCCCCUUAUUUUUGGAAAACUGCCACAACUGGUCGCUUUCACCCUCAACACCUCCCAGGGGACCCUACACCCCCACCUUGGGAGGCUGAGAGGAUACGAGAUAAUUUAGCUAGGGAUUUAGAAUAUUUAGAGCGUCAAGUGCCACCAUUUCUCCGGCGUCCUUCUCACCCAUCUCUCACUACUGGCCAAGAACUAUCGUCCUCUGGUCAUUUGGAGAAAAGCAGUUCGAGUUCAAGGUUCCAAGGGUUCCAAGAUCGAUCCACAUCGUCAGGAUUUCAAAGUGCCAGUAAAACUACAUCAACUCUUCCGUCUGGAGGGACUGGCAGUAGUGGGGUGGGCACAGGUCUGGGAUCUGGUGGCUCGGGCGGUGAAAUUAUGCUCAGACCGGGGAUGCUCCCAUCUUCUCCAUUAAGAGAUGAGAGCCUUCACCACAUGAUUGACAUAUUUUCCGGACAAAUGAUUCCUCAAGUACCAAUUAGAACGCUUCCCCCCAGAACUUAUGAAAAUUGGCCUCGUAGAGAGUCAACACCCCCAAUUUACACCAUGGCUCGUUCCCCUUCUUUCGAUAUUGAUGAGGCAACAAGAGGGGUUACAGUGACUGUGCCAGUGUCUGAAGCUUCGCCUGGUCAGAGAACAUUAAUGGACAUGAGUGUAGACGAUCCUUAUGAGUUUGACCCAGUGAUUCCGGACACUUCGCCAGAAAUUGCAUACCCACAACCUUCCUCCACAGCUUCCACCUCUCGGUUUAAAAGAGGCCGAGAUCGAGAACAAGACAUGGACAUGGAACGGAGGGUUGCUGCCAUGAAAGAAGAGUUUUUCGAGUACCGACGACGUCAAAAGAAGCGCAUGGAAAGCGAGUGCUAGCAAUAAUAAUUUAUUAUGUAAUAUUUAUAUUUAGGUAGGAAGAACUUGGAAUUAUUAUUAAUGGUAGUAUCUGAACAAGACUAUUAAGCGUAAUUAUUUAUACCGUACUACAUAAACUAUGUUAAAUAACAUACAAUAAUAUAACGAAUCCUAACUUACUCGAUUUAUAAUCAUCAUGACGUGAUCUAAAUCUUAAGUAUUUGUAUACAAAACAGUGUGGUUAUUCAUGUGUAAGUAUUUAAAUGUAUCGUAAAAAUGUUGUAGACUCGUGUUGUGUACUCAUUCCUCAAUUGCAAUUUUAUAAAAAUAACGUCGAGUUUGCUUUCCCCAUAAGUGUUUAACCACGAUUCUCGAUGAAUACUUAACGACUGUAGGAAUUAACACCCUGAAACUGCAAUUGAACAACGUCAGCUCACAAUAUCCUUAUACAUGCAUACAUGAAUACUUAUGUAUGUAUAUGUACUAUGCUAAAUAUACUAUCAGCUUAAACUGGUAUCAAAAGAAUUAUCUAAAAUACGAAAUUAAAUAAUGUUUACAUUCAUUCAGAAUCUCAAAAUCAUUCGUAGUGUUACCAGAUUUUAUAAACAGAAAAAUUAAUUACAACUUUAUACCACCAUCAAACACUCGAUAAAAUUGUCAGUUUACUAAACACAAUUAAUUCAUCACAAGUUAUACUAAAUUUGUACAAGUUUCAUUGAGUGUGUAAAAAUACACGGGUCGAUAAAAAUCAAAUUAUAUAUAGUUAGCUUAAUUUUAUUUGCUAAGAUUAGUCUGAUUUUUGCCAACUACAUGUAAAAUCAAACUAUAAACAACGUACGGGGACGUAAAUUUAUGUGUGCUUUUCUUUUAGAAGAAUAUGAAGGGAUUAUUUUAUUGACAACUCAUUUGCAAUAUUGCAUAAACGAUGUGUGCUCAGGCUUAAACAAAAUAUUAGUAUUCUUAUUAUUAUUAGCUAAUUAAUUACGUAUUGUUCACUAGUAUGUAGCAUAGAAGGGCUGUUACAAAGUUAUUAUUGAAAUUCACUUAUUUUUGUCCAAAAGUCACUCAAGGCGUUUAUGUGUUCAACCUAUUUUGUGUUGCAGCUAUAUGAAGCACAUAUAGCUUACGUAGCUAGUGGUAUUAUUGGAAGGAAAUGAUUAUAUUGACAGCUUUAUUUAUUUGUUACUUGAAAAUUCCCAGUGAUAAGUAAUAAUUUAUUGUUGCAUUAUAUACAAAGAACUACCUACUUAUAUACAAAUCCUCAUUAAACUGUACUGCCAUAUUGUUUUUAAACCGCAUAUAAUUGUGAAAAAGAAAGUAUUUUUAUUUGUAUUCGUUCUCAGAGACUGAUUUAAUACUCUGUUAAAUUUUAAGCUAUUUAUAAAAACUUUUCAUCAGAAAAAGCUAAACACAAAUGCUCACAGGGCCUGAUCGGAUUAUUUGGUUAAAAGCUAUUUUAACUGUAUUGCAAUUAAUACAUACAACUAGCUUUUAAUUUAAACAGUAAUUACUGUGGCACUUAUUGCUUACGGUGAGGUUACAAAGUUCAUUACCAAAGUUUAUUCAAAUUCAUCAUCGUAUGCAUAUGUAUGUGUGUAUUGUAUCUCUUACGUAGGUAUGUAUGCCCAGACCUACGACUGGGAAACUGUAGUAAGAAUUGAAACUAUAUACAAUGAAGAUAAGAAAUUUAUGUACACACUUUUACAUAAUAAAUUGAAUAGUUGUGUGGAAAAUAAAUGAGCCCAAACCAAAAAUUGAAAUGUAAAACCAGACUUUUAGAAAUAGCCAUAUAUUGCUAACUUAUAAAAUUAUAACCAUAAUGCGUUUUCCAAAUGAAUAAAUCAAAAAAGAAUUUUGAAGACAA